AUGGAAAGAUUGCUUAUUGCAAGAGUUAGAUAUUCCUGUUGUUUUAUACGCAUAAGUUCAGAAAGAACAAAAAUAAAAGCAAAUGUUAUUGCAUUUGAAUCACCAACACCAAAACUAUACAAUAUUUUACCACCUCCACGUGAAGAUAUUGAUGAGGUAGCUGCAGUGUUAUUUACUGGUCCAGCAAAGCCAACUGUUGAUGACUUUAAAAGGACACCUCUCCUUGUUAGACCAAAAGAAAUGAAACUUGCUUUGCAAUGGCUUAUACUAAAUCAUGCAGACUAUGAUGAUGUCCAAAUUUCUGAAGAGAAUUUGAGCAGUUAUAAUGAAAAUGAGUUACCUUGUACUGUGGAGUAUAAGUUUGCAGAUACUAAUAAAACUGCUGAAAGUACAAGUGUUUUUGAUAUGGAAGAUGAAGAUGGUGCUGACAAAGGUGAGUGUCCUUUUAUUGUCCAUGGAAUUACAGGUGAGCAAAUUGGUACAUAUACUGUUCAACAGUUAAAGGCAAAAGCUUGGCUUCAUUUCAAUAAUGGUGGCAAGGUAAUAGCUGUGGGACAUGCAACUGAAUGUGAAUCUUUGUGGAAUAAUCCAAGGUUAUAUCCAAAAAUGUUUCCUCAU